GCUCAACGGUCAGACCAACGUUCCAUUUCGCAAAAGAUAGCAGCGCAAGUGAACGCACCAUACCUUCCGGAGUAGCCGCUGUCUUUCGCGAUGGAGAACCAACUGAACGCUCCGGCGGAAUCCCUGGCGACGGAAGAACCCCAACCAGUUUCAGCGUCACCCAGAAACAUGCGUUCGUCGGCGAGCAAGAAACGACAAACGACUGAAGAACCACAAGAAACCACGAUGGACGCGUCACAGGCGACCGUAGAACCACAGGAAACCAUGACUGGCGCACCACAGGCGGCCGUAGAGCCACAGGAAACCACGGCUGCAGUUCCACAUACGGUUGACGAGCCAGAGGAAACCGACACCGCCUUCGUGAUCGCGGACCUCUACGAACUAGGCGCCUACGUUCUUUCUAUCGCUGUCAUAGUCAUCGUCGUCAUUGGCAUCAUCUUAUUCUUCCGCGACUACAGCGUGUUCGACAGGGAACACCCCGUAAACAGGAGCAAGAACUACACCACCCGAAUGUUUAUUUCAGCUACACAAGGAGAACGACCAUGCCACGACUUCUACCAAUACGUCUGCGGCAGCUGGAUCAGGAACCAUAGCUACGGCCCGUCGACCAUCGCUGAAGAACUGCAAGCUAUGGUAUAUAAAGAAGCAGCACUUCAACUCGAGUCCCGCCUCGUCAGCGCUUCCCUGCUAAGCAAGUCUGCUGUCGCCAAGGCAAAUGUGCUCUUUAAGUCUUGCUACUCUAUGGUAAUUGACAGACAAGAGGACCGGAUUGGACUGGCCGAUUUCCUCAAGCCCCGUACGAGCUUCCCUGACAUCAGGCCGAUGAGUACCGAAGAUAUGGUGGACCUUCUAAUCGAACUGUCACUGUCCUACAACAUUCACAUCCUGUUCCGGACCACCAUUUUCGCUGAUCAGGAGCACGAUGGGUUACCAACUCUUCUCUUGACUGAAAAUGACCAACUCGUUGAAUGGCUAAAGAUAAAGGUCAACAUAUCAGCUUCUAACGGAAAGGUGAAACAAUAUAUGACAGCGAUCCUGGGAAGUUUAGAUGCGUUCAACGAACGCGAUGCAGAUGACUUACUGGAGACCAUAGUCCAGAGAGAUAAUAAGGUGAUCCCAAUCGUCGUUCGACACUUCUUGGAGGAUUACGGCGUUUUCUCUGGCACAUUUAAGGACAUGCCGCAAAUCAUUCCUGACAUUGAGGCGGAUGUUUGGGUUGCGGCGGUAAACAAGCAGACGCGACCGUAUUUCACGGUAGACUUGGACAGCACCGUGAAGGUGGAAGGUACCGGCGUGUUUAAGAACAUCGGAAAGCUGCUGACGGCGGUAAACGGAAACGACACAAAGCUACUGCCGACAGUCAUCGCGUGGCAUUUGGUGAGACAGCUGGCCCACAGAGCGUCCUACCGUACAAUGUCGGUGCUGUUCCAGUCUUUUGACAUACUCUACGACUACUGCUUCGAGGAGACGCUGCACCUAAUGCCGCUCGCGGCAGGAACACCUUUCGCGCUAAAGUCUCCAACGUCCCGCACAAGAUCCGUGGCUGCGGACAUAGUCGAAGACAUCAGAGGCUCCAUGGGAGACUUUCUCCAGAGAGCCACAUGGUUGGACGAUGAAAGUCGCAGAAAGGCACUCUUGAAAUUGAACAACAUCCAGGAGGUCCUUGUGCAACCAGAUGUGGCCUUCAACGAGACUGCACUCGACAUCUACUACGAAAACUUUACGGUGCAUAAGACAUACUUCGAGACGUGGCUGCACGCGACAAGAGCAGCAGCACAGAGGAAAAUGGCUUCCUUGGUCGUCAAGCCGAGAUUCUACACCCAUGAGUUUAACCCCCUCAUGGAGAAAGCGUUCUACAUUCAUCACUUCAACACCAUCUUCCUUCCGAGUGGUAUUCUGCGGGAUCCUUACGUCGACGAGGUCUCUCCCCCAGGCAUGAACUUUGGCGGUCUCGGCCACCUCUUGGGCCACGAGAUCAUGCACGCCUUUGACGACAUCGGCAAAGAAUGGGACGAAGACGGGCACAUUAACACCUGGUGGACUCACUUUGUCGAGGACGAGUACUUCAAGAGAGUUGAUUGUCUGGAGCGCGUGUACCAGUUCGAGUCGUCCUCCCCGACGGCUCAAGUUAUCGCCGACUUCGCUUCGCUUCCUGUUGUAUACGCGGCGUUCUCGAACAAAACGUCUCAAAGCGUUCACCAUCAUCUGGAGUACGAGAGGAAUUUCACCGAGAGACAGAUAUUUUUCAUGAACUAUUGCUUCAAGAAGUGCUCUAGGAUUGCUGAAGUUAAGGACGGCUAUUCGACCGUGAGGGAGAGGUGCAACUCCUUGCUUAGAAACUUUCGCCCGUUUGCGGACGCCUUCGGGUGCAAGGCACAAGAAGCCAUGAACGCGGGAAAGCGGUGCGAGUUCUGGUUGAUACCGUAGGUGUAACCAAACAGAAGUAACCCAAAUACCACUAAUUCAGAAUAGGCGUAAUUAAAUUU